AUGGCGGCUAAAGAUAUCUUAGUAAAUUACACCGAGGAUAUGGAAGUAUUAGAAGAAAGCGUUUUGCAAUCUAUUAAAAAUAUUCAUGGAAGAAACGUGCAGAUAUGGACAGUAUUAUUGUUGAGUCGAAAGAAUUCAGUCCAGAAAAGACGAGGAUUACCUAGCUAUAGGAUAAGUAAAAACAUUUUUACUGGCAAAAUUACGAGUGUUGAUAGGGAAGAAGGGGGAGAUGAUAUCCAAGAACCAGAUGAAAAAGUAGACCACCUCGAUCUUCUCGCUCAGGAACUACAACAGGUUAAAAACUUUGAAGUUUUAAAAGAAAUAGUUAAAUUGGUAUCGGACCUGAAAGAAUACGUCUCGUAUGAAGUCGGUAAAUUAAGAAGAAAUAUGGUAAAUGAUUUGGUUGUUCACUUGAAGGAAGAAAACGAUUUUUUAAAAAACGAGAUAAAAGAAUCUCAAAGUUUGUUGAGGGACGUUUUGUUACAAGACAUAAACAAAAAUAAUCAUGAAAAAAUUAAAAACAAAUCAGAAACCAAUGAAUGGAACGAAAACGAACAAAACAACAAUAAUCACUAUGACGCACAACCACUUACGAAUAAUCAAAGUUACGCACCACCACAACUAAAUAAAUCUAUAAGAAGACCAAAUCCCGUUAUUAACCUUUCUCCAGAAAGAGAUCUUUUACAACAUAACAUCAAAUCAUCUGAAACCCGUAAAAAUAAAAAGAAGAUUAGAAUCAUCAGUGACAGCAUCGCAAAAGGCAUAAAUACUCGAGAGUUCAAUAAUCAUUUGAGAAACGGUGAAGCAAGAUUUAAAGUUUUUCCUGGUUCAAAUAUUAAAAAUUUACUCUCUACCAACCUUAGUAGAUGA